GUUUUCACGCAGUGACAUCCCAACGUCAUUUAGCAACUUUUAGCAACAAAUCAACCUGCCUCUAGCAAUUUACCCUGAAAAUUAGUUGGCAACACUGGCAACGAAAGUUUCAUGGACUCACCCUGCAAAUACCACCAUGGCGCUGUGCAAGAGAGAGGUCCAAUGCUGUGUAACAACGACAAUACGAUGCAGUUAUCCAUUUCAACAGUGUCAAUAUACACCCAAAUGCUAGCCUAACAAAGACUAAGAAACAGAGACAUCUUUACUGCUGCACAACAUGGUCCUGCUCUCCGUGAACUACCCCAGCCCCUGACCAGAGGAAGAAAGCAUGCAGCUCCAACCAGACUCUUUGUUAAAUGUAUUCAUUUGCUCUCAGACUAAUUCUAAUGGAACAGAAACCAUUCAUCUAAUUUUCUCUGGACAGGGAGGCAUAGAAUUAAACAAACUGAUCAAUUGCUAACAUGUGGAGAAUCAAUGAGUCAGUGCAUGUAUGACUUUGACUGCUACUGUGCUGUAUGUCUUAAUCCAUUCCACUGUGCAUGAUACGUCACACAUAUGGUUUCAGUCACACGUACGUACACACACUCAAGCUCUCUCACAAUAGACUAUUUCCUCUGCUGCCGCACGGCAAGAGGAACCUGUGCAUCAAGUCUGACACCAACAGGCUCUUGAACAGCUUCCAUCCCUAAGCAAUACGACUGAUAAAUAGCUAACAAAAUAACUACACAGACUAUCUGAGUUAACCUUGUAUCUUUAUUGACCUUUUAUUUCAAUCUUUCCACUGUCUCUAUGCAAACUCUCACACUCGCACACACAAACACUCACUCCAUCAUUUGCUCGCUCAGGCAUAAUAUGCACAUCGAUUUAUACUGACUCUACACACCUGCACACCCACUUGCAUACAAGUUGCUGCUACUCUGUUUAUCUUAUAUCCUGUUGCCUAGUCUCCCCUUACCCCUAUACAUAUCUACCUCCAUUGCUCCAGUAUCCUUGCACAUGUAAAUAUGGUAUUGGAACUGACUUUUUAAAUAUUUCCUGUAUAUAGUAUGCGUACUUACUUAGUUACUUUAUUGUGUAUUUCAUAUGUCUUAUUCUUAUUUCUCGUGUUUUUUUACUGAUUAUUGCAUUGUUGGGUUUUGAAUUUGCAAUAAAGGCAUUACACUGUGCAUGUGACAAUAAAACUUGAAACACACACACACACACACACACUUUUCGAAAAUGUCAUGUGUGUAGUUGGUGGUACUGUACUGUAGGUGUCACUUCUUUAGUUAACUACUUAACUUUGUAAGUAUGGUGCAUUGUAAAAUGAUCAAGGGUCUGUCAGGUCAAAAUUGUUUACAUAAUCAUACCACUGGAAACGAAAUGAGGAACAGUGGGGUAACUGCCUUGGGGCAGAGGGAUUUGGGAUUUGAUCUAGCAACACUUUCGUUUACUAGCCCACCGCUAGUAAACUAGGCUACCUGCCGCCCCAGGUGGUUGGCUUGUUCUUUGUUUUACCUAUAUAAAGGUUCUAAUCAUGGACUUCGUGUGUAUAUGACACUAUGAGAUGUAUAACCUUUUGUCUGCAUCUGUGCUGAUUAAUAUAUGUCCACUUUAAAUCCUUGAUUCACCAACUAAGAGAUCAACAAUGUGUCAAGUGCUGCUCCGAAGCUCAGCAGUUUUUCCGGAAAUAACUCAACUUUACUGUUGUUGUUCUUCUUGAAAGUUCAAUAGAUGAUCCGGUUAUAAUGGCAUUCGGUAAGAACAACUUUUCCUGUUCCUGUUUCGGGGAUUAUUGUGUUUAACAGGUAGGCUGAUCAACAGUAAGGCAAGUACUCUCCGCCUCUUCUCAAUAUAUGUAAGAUAUGAAAUCGUGUUCAAAGUGAUAUCCUGUCGUGUCAUUGGGGAAGACCAUACAAGGUCGUAAGUUAUAUUAAUCUUCACCUUUGUCAGUUUAAGUGUGUUCGCUAUGGUGUUUCCAUCUUUAAAAUGCCUGGACCAAAAUUAGCCCAGAGUUGACUUUAUCUCAACUUCGUGUACAGUCGAUUAAAUCAGUGAAAACAACGUCUGAAGCUAGGAUAACAUGUGCUUUGUUUUCAAGAAUUACAGUUGGCUAUUUUAAAUGUAAUAACAGAACAUCGCAUAUGUAGGUUUCCAAAUACAACUCUAAAAGAUCAUCACAAAAGUCAUAUCUAUACACUUCAACAUGUAAUGUAAGUGGUCAUUUGUAGGUUGGAUAUAUCAAACAUGUAUGGCACUUUAAACAUGACCUUAUAGAAAGCCUGUACAAGACAUGCACAUGUAAUGACAUUGUCUGUGUUUUCCUGGUUUGUUAUGAAUGUGUUAUUAGUGCGUUCUGUUUGAGUUCCUUGUAGAGAGUAAGAGUGCAUGUACAGUUUACAAUUCUUGUCAUAAAUCGAAUAGAAUAUGCCUCUUGAAAAAGACAAAUGUGAUUGAUUAUGUCUGGGGGAAGAAAUGUGUUUGAAAUACCAAAUAUCAGUUGUAAUUAGUACAUUUAGAGCCAGGUAUUAUUAAAAGUGUUCACUGAUGUCUAUAUGUAUUUGACUUUGCACGUAAAGAGACCCACCAGAUGUGUUUUGGAGGAUAGGACUCCAUUCUCUCCCCUCGACUUGGUUCCCUUUUUCCUUAUUACUUCCUUCUUUAGACUCAAUUUGAGGGAAGGGAACUAUACAUGGCACAUUGCUGACAAAAGCAUAACAUGCUAUAGCUUUACAAAGCUUUAGCAUUUUACAAUCACAGGAGCAGAAGUCCCUCCUCAAAAUCUAUUUUUCGGACUGGAACAUUAUAAUUUUUCAUGUACAUUGUGAUGUCCGGGUCUAUUUUCAGAUGGCUUUGUAAAGAUACCUGUGAUCAUGAGAUGGAGGAGGCGUACACAGAGCUGUACAGGGAGUUCCUCCAACUGCGCUUGCUGUGUCUGAAGCAGGCUGGUUUACUCAAUAAACUCACAGAGAAACUGAGGACACAGCAAGGAGGAGCCCCUGUUCCUGAUGGAGACCCCAGCGUAAUGGCAUCAAUCCCAAUCCAGUGUACCCAGAAGAGCCCCGUUGCUCUCCCUGCAUGGCCAGAAACCCCAAUGGUCCCAACACACAACCCUGCUGCACACUAUGGCAUUGUAAGGCCAUCUGGGGCCAUGGGGUCACUCACUAAUCUACUGGCUGGGGAUUUGGGCAGACUACGGCUGGACUUUGCUCAUCCAGGGACAGAAAGGAAGGAGGUCCUCAAAGCCACCCCCCUAGGACCUCUGGACCUACCUGGGGGUAAUGAAGAGAUGGCACCCUCCAGUGUCUCUGGGGACUCGAAGCAAGCAGGUCGAUUUUGGAGUGAUGAUAUGACCCGACAAAUGUUCAGGAUGCCCUCGGCAUGUGGCUCCUUCCUGGACAGUGAGUUUCUAAGCCAGACCGGGGGGAUGAUGCUGAUGUCAGAGGUGGCGCUGCAGUCUCAUGUGUGUGACUUCUGUAAUGCUGUAUUCCCCGGCCACACCACCACCAGGGGAGACUUCAUGUGCCACCUCCACACACACAUCACCUAGAACAUUAUUUCCCAACCAGGGGAAAUAAAUACUUGAGAAGACCGAUGAGACCAUAGGCUUACUGGUAAAACGCACAUGAGGGUGUAAUUCAGGGGUACUGCAGGCAGAGCAAAAAACUGUUUGUGUUACAAUAACCGAAAAUGGUUGGGAACCACUGACGUAGAACACUGCUUCCCUGCACCAACUCCAUCACACACACAUCACCUAGAACACUAGUUCCCUGCACCGACUCCACACACAUCAUCUAGAACACUGGUUCCCCCAUAACAUCUCCACACACACGUAAUCUAGAAUCCCCAUAACAUUGUUUCUGUAUCACCUAGAGUAGCUGUUUCCCCAUCACUUAGAUUAGUGGCUUCCUCAUAAUGUUUCCUCUGCAUCACCUAGAGUAGUGAUUUCCCCAUAAUAUUGUUUCUGCAUCACUUAGAGUAGUGGUUUCCCCAUAAUGUUUCCUCUGCAUCACCUAGAGUAGUGGUUUCCCCAUAAUGUUUCCUCUGCAUCACCUAGACUAGUGGUUUCCCCAUAAUAUUGUUUCUGCAUCACCUAUAGUAGUGGUUUCCCCAUAAUAUUGUUUCUGCAUCACUUUAGAGUAGUGGUUUCCCCAUAAUGUUUCCUCUGCAUCACCUAGAGUAGUGGUUUCCCCAUAAUAUUGUUUCUGCAUCACCUAGAGUAGUGGUUUCCCCAUACUAUUGUUUAUGCAUCACUUAGAGUAGUGGUUUCCCCAUAAUGUUUCCUCUACAUCACCUAGAGUAGUGGUUUCCUCAUAAUAUUGUUUCUGCAUCACCUAGAGUAGUGGUUUCCCCAUAAUAUUGUUUCUACAUCACUUAGAGUAGUGGUUUCCCCAUAAUGUUUCCUCUGCAUCACCUAGAGUAGUGGUUUCCCCAUAAUAUUGUUUCUGCAUCACCUAUAGUAGUGGUUUCCCCAUAAUAUUGUUUCUGCAUCACCAAGAGUAGUGGUUUCCCCAUAAUAUUGUUUCUGCAUCACUUAGAGUAGUGGUUUCCCCAUAAUGUUUCCUCUGCAUCACCUAGAGUAGUGGUUUCCCCAUAAUAUUGUUUCUGCAUCACCUAGAGUAGUGGUUUCCCCAUAAUAUUGUUUAUGCAUCACUUAGAGUAGUGGUUUCCCCAUAAUAUUGUUUCUGCAUCACCUAGAGUAGUGGUUUCCCCAUAAUAUUGUUUAUGCAUCACUUAGAGUAGUGGUUUCACCAUAAUAGUGUUUCUACAUCACCUAUAGUAGUGGUUUCACCAUAAUAGUGUUUCUACAUCACCUAUAGUAGUGGUUUCAUCAUAAUAGUGUUUCUACAUCACCUAUAGUAGUGGUUUCACCAUAAUAGUGUUCCUACAUCACCUAUAGUAGUGGUUUCACCAUAAUAGUGUUUCUACAUCACAUAGAGUAGUGGAUUCCCCAUAAUAUUGUUUAUACAUCACCUAGAGUAGUGGUUUCACCAUAAUAGUGUUUCUACAUCACAUAGAGUAGUGGUUUCACCAUAAUAUUAUUUCUGCAUCACCUUGAGUAGUGGAUUCCCCAUAAUGUAGCUUCUGCAUCACUUAGAGUAGUGGUUUCCCCAUAAUGUUGCUUCUGCAUCACCUAGAGUAGUGAUUUCCCCAUAAUGUUGUUUCUGCAUCACCUAGAGUAGUGGUUUCCCCUUAAAGUUGUUUCUGCAUUGUGACCUACCUGCCACCUCCACACACAUCACCUAGACCAUUAAUGAGAUUUGCUUGUUUUCCCCAAGAAAUGUAUUAUUGAUUUGAAUGAAAAAGGUUCUUACAACAUAUAUGUAUUGAUUAAACAGUCUGUUUUCUAUGAAACUGAGAAAUGUACAUAUACCACUGUUUUCUUAUAGCACUAGAGGGCAGUAACAACAUAUGGUAGGCUACAUCAUGGGAUUUGUCUCAGUUAUCUCGUUAUUACUGGUACUGUUUUAUUACUAGAAAUAAUAAAAGGACAUACAGUCAUUUAUAAACAGCUACACAAUCCAUUAUAAUGUUACACAUAAUAUAUGUAUAAACAUAGAAAUAUACUUGUAUAUUUAUCCUAUCGUUGCUUUCGAAGGAAAACCUCGUAACUUCGUAACCAUUCAUUUUUUUCAUUGUGCAUUGACAUUUUUACAUGCAUCGACUCUAGGGCCAAGAAAAUGUAUUCAAAAUAGCUUCUGAAGUUUCUUAAUUGUAUGUUUGUUAAUGGUAAAGUAUGGCUGUUUUCUAUUUUGGAGAUAAGAGGUUUCAUCUGACACAGACACUAUGUAGGUAACAUUUCUGUCAUGAUUCUAUGUUGAAUGUAGAGCAGAAUUGAUUAAUAAAUUAGGCCAAUUUUCUUCAAAUAA